AUGAAGUAUUCCACAUUUGCAAAUAUCGUUGGAAAUGAAAAACUUGAACAGUUUAAAAGAUUAGAUGCAGUCCUUCCAGAAGGAACAAACAACGAAGACUUUUUUGCUCUAUUUCGUAUAUGGAAACAUUUUGAAAGCACCAAGGAAGAGCCAGACCAAAUUAUAAAUUUAUCUAACGAAAAAAUUGAUAACGAAGAUUUGCCUCAAAAUAUGAUUGUAACAGAUGUGUUGUCAGAACAAGAAAGUGGCAAUACAAAAGAGGCAGAUGGAGUAAUCGCCAGUACUACUGACCAACACAUUACAACUGCAAACGUAGAGGUACCAGAAAAUAACGAGGAUUCGCCCCAACAUAUGAUUGUAACGGAUGAGUUGCCAGAACAAAACAGUGAUAUUAAUACAAAAGAGACUGAUGGAGCAAUUUCCAGAACUACUCACCAACAGAGAACAACUGCAGUGGUAGAUGUAGCUAAUAAUGUCUCUAUCGCUGAGUUUCUUGACUGGCCAGAUUCACCCAAACGUAAAGGAAAACGAGAGACCGAAAGGUUGCCGUAUGCUGUAACUUGUAAUAAAUAUCAGGAAAUGCUAGCAGAGAAACGUGCUAAGAAGAAAGAAGAAGAAGAACAGAAAAACAAAAAACGUGCUCUAAAGAAAGAAGCAGACGAAGUCAGAGCGAAGAAGAAGAAAGAAGAUCAGGAACUCAAAGAGAUCAGAAAACACCAACAAAAUAUUAAAAAAUUAGAGAAAACUCAGAAGAAAGCAUCAAACGUUUCACACCCUACUGAUAACGAUACUUUUCUAUGUCAUAUCUGCUACAAGGAAGAAUCGGAUAGCGAUGUGGACACUGAAAAAGAAGAAGAACAAGAAAGUGAAGAAAAUGAAAUCGAGGAAGAGAGGCCACCAGCUGAAACCGAAGAACAAGAAGAUAAAGAAAAUGAAAAAGAGGAAGAGAGAACACUAGCGGAAACAGAAGAAGAAGAAAAGGAAAUCGAUGAAUUAUAUAAUAUUUACUCGACGUUUCUUUGCUCGGUCUACGACGUUUCGGCGCGACCGAUUCGGCGCGACCGUUUAGGCGCAAAGAUGUUUCGGCGCAAAGAUGUUUCGGCGCGAAGAUGUUUCGGCGCGGAGACGUUUGGACGCAGGGACGUUUGGGCGCAGAGAAGCUCGGCGCGAAGACGUUUUGGCGCGGAGACGUUUCGGCGCGAAGCCGUUUAA